GAAGGAGAAGGCUAACAUGAUGUGAAACUCGUUUUCGUUCACGCACAUAGUGCGUUCGUUUUCUUUAAAAAAAUGUUUAUUCAGAAGAAACUCGGACCGUCUUGUAUUUAUAGAAAUCAUGGGGACAACGCACAGGAUAACAAAAGAUUUCCAUCGUUUGGCGAGGACUAUAGAGAGCUUCUCAGAUGGUCAAGCCAAGGUUGUUCUGGGGAAUGACGACGAGAACGAUAGAGUUGAGACAAUCUUUAGAUUUGAGGUGGACAUUAUGCCCAACGGCGGUCCAUAUCAAGGAGGCACUUUCAGGUUUGAGUUUUGUGUAGAAAAUGAAUGUCAGUGGCCAAGGGAACCUCCCAUCAUACGAUGCCUAACAGAUAUUUACCAUCCUAACAUUGACCACCUGGAUAGAGAUAACUGCUCCAAUGUUUGUGUCAGUGUCCUAGACCGUGGCAUGUGGUCUUACCAAUUUGACUUUGAGACCUGUGUCCAGGCAUUACUCUUUCUGUUCUACGAGCCAAAUUUUGAUGAUGCCCUGAGCCCGAUCUGUUGUUCUGAUGAGGAUUUUCAGGAACUGGUUCAAAUUUCAUUGAAAGGAGGAACAAUAGAUGGAUUUCAGUUUAGUCCAAAUAUAGGAAGGAUAAACAAUGUCCUACAGGAAAUAACAUGACAUUAUACAUGUUUUUAUAAAUUUGUUAACUCCUAAGAAUAAAUUUUAAAAAUCUUA